UUAGGGAUUUUGUUGUACACCUCGCCAGCUGCAUGUUAUUUGUUAAUCGGCCCGGUUAUAAAACUUUAUGAAUUAAAACCAAUAUCUAACCAUGUUGCGGUCGAGGAUUUCCUGCGCAUUUACACCCAGAAGAUUGGUGUCCUACUUCUCGGCUGAGUUUAACAAGUUGGCGAACGAGGGACCCGCGAAAUUCGCCGCCAAUACUAGUCAUGCUGUAACGAAUAUAGAUUUGGAUCUGUUUGUCAAUCCGGAUAAUCGUCCCAUGGAUCUGGUGGAUCGUCUGCUAAAGCUCAGAAAACAAAAGGAGGCCAGCUUGGUGCCUUUACUUCCCAGUGUUUUGGUCAAGCAAUUACUGGACUCCACGAAUCCCCAGGAGGCGAUAUCGAUCCUACGUAAUCCCACCCAGUACGGCCUGUUCUUAGACCACUUUUCCGGCUGCUUCCUACUGGACUUCCUUCUUCACAAUGGCCACGCGGUGGAAUCAGCUCAGCUGGCCACUAUUCUCGUGGACAGAAGCUUAUGCAACAACGAAUUGGUCGAAUCACUGGCUCUACAGGCGUUUUGGUCCUUUGCCAAGGACUUCAAGCCCUUUGAGUCCUCUAAAAUCGAACCUCCUGCCAAAAACGCUGAAGUGGAAAAGGUUCGUGUCAAGUUCAUUCGCAAUUAUACCGAAGAUGCCAGCGAAAACACCGAGGAAAAGAAACUGGGUCGCGCCAUGAUUCGAUUGGGUUCCGGAGAAGGGUCCUUGAAAGAGCUUAAGCAGAACAUUGGCCUACUUGGCUAUGUACUAAGCGGACAAGUAGCCGAGGCCUCCAGUUUUCUGGCCAAAAACAAAGCUGUUCUUUACAAGGAAACUUUAACCACCGCCCAAACUAUAGCUGAAAGCCUAAAGUUGGAGGGAGAGGAAGAAUUGCUGAGCUCCUUACAAGAAGCCUCUGAGAAGAGUACCAAAUCCAAUGCCAUUCAAGAAUUACUGGGGAAGAGUAUUGAAGGCAGUGCCCAGAAGUUUGAGCCAAAGUUGUUGGCCGAUUACGCGGAGUCCUAUCAAGAAUGGGCCAAGAAGUUCGAGAGCGCCAUUCAGUACCAACUGGAAGCCCAAAGUCUGGAGGAGCGUAAGGCUAGCAUUCAGAAAACGCUCAGUGAACUGGAGGACAAGCGCCAGAAUCUGUGGUUCUUCGAGAACAGGGACGACAUCGACAUUCAGAUCUACAAGAAGAAGGUAUACUAUCCAAAGCGCUGGUUCGGCAAGAAGAAGAAGCCCAAGGCUGCUGACACUUUCUAUGUGCCACCAAACAUUACGCACAAUUAACCCUUGACCCCCAAUGGCCACAAACAAGUUAGAUCCAAUUGUUUUUAAGCUUUAAUUAAACUACUGGAGAGUUAAUCCAAA